GAUAGAGACGAAGGGAUCAUGGUGAGAUUUUAGUCGGCAAUGAAAUAAUUUUUUGCCAUUCUGCAUGACAGGUCCAAACUGCUAGAUGUCGCUGCAGUGCAGUAGCAUCACAGAGACAGCAGUCGUCCAAACGUAGUUUGUGGUUCAGAACACAGAAUUUAAGUUAUUUCCUCGCACAUGGCGGACUCGUACAACUUCGUUAAGUCUACCAAGCUUAAGCUUAAGGGAGAGAAGAGCAGUCACAAGAAACACAAGAAGAAGAAGAGGAAGAGAGAAAGAGAUGCUGACUCCGCUGGACCAUCGCUGGAUGAGCAGCGGCAAGACCAAGAACUGCAUGGUGGCUGGUGGAGUGUUGAGAAUUUUGACCAGAUCAAGAACAACAUCGCCGUGGAGCUGGGGAACAGCAGCUACGUGAUGGCGACGGACACAGGACUGUUCACACUGGGGGCUCCACAUGCAGAUGGCGAAGGACCAGACCCCACAGAGCAGCUCACAGCCAUCGUCGUCUCAGAAACCAAGAUCGCCCUGAAGUCAGGGUACGGGAAGUACCUGGGCGUGAACUCCGAGGGCGUAGUGAUCGGACGGGCGGACGCCAUCGGACCGCGGGAACAGUGGGAGCCCGUGUUUCAGGAAGGGAAAAUGGCGCUGCUGGCAGGAAACAGCUGUUUUGUAUCGUGUAAUGACAGUGGUGACAUCGUUGCUACCACCAAAACAGCAGGGGAGGGGGAGAUGGUCAAAAUCAGAACAAACAUAGAGCGAGUCAAGAAACAAAAGGUGGAUGUACCUGAUGAGGAGAAAGGGUCGCUGAAGGAGGCAGAAGUCAACUAUGUGAAGAAGUUCCAAAGUUUCCAAGAUCGCAGGUUAAGAAUCAAUCCAGAUGACAGGUCCAAACUUAAGAAGGCCAAAGAAAAGGGCACUCUACACGAGUCUCUGUUAGACAGGAGAGAAAAGAUGAAGGCUGACCGAUACUGCAAGUAACAAGACAGACGCACAAUGGGGGAGGGGGGCACAGAACAUCUAAACUUGUUAGAUUGGUCUUUUUAGACUUUUUAAAAAGUGUACUCUGAGAUUCAAUACACUGAAUGAUUUUUAGGUUGAAUUGAUAUUUUGGGUUCAGUGGUUUUGCAUUGAUAUGGCAAAUACAGUCAAAACUGCCCAAGACCAUCCAGGACGUAUAAA